UGUAUGAAGGUCGGCGGACCUAGCCGUGUGUGCUGGUGGGAUGGGUCGGGUCUCAGCUUCAGAGGCAGCGGGUUCCGGGUUUACCUUGGCGUUGCCGAGGAGGGAAGUUUGUAGCCGUCUUCUCUCGCUUUAGUCGAGGUCAGUGACAGCCGAGCCCCGGCCUGCCCCUCCCUUCUCCUGGGAGGGUGGCGGCCUCUCUCUCCCCGCCUCCUGGGUCACGUUGCCUCCCCCUCCUCCGCUGACCUGCUUCAUUCUACAAAUGGUUGAAGGCUUCCACUGUGCCCGAAGUCCCCCGGGAUAAAAAGAUAAAACAGAUCUGCUUGGGGAGGUGGAGAUGUCAGUGGGAUAUCCUGUGAAAAGUCCAGCAGGCAGUUGGAGAUUCAAGACUGGAAUUCAGAAUUGAGAGAGUAGGAUCACAGAAUUUGAAGUUAAAGGAGGCCUUCCUUAAUUCUGGAGACAAAAGAUUAUAUGAUGAUGCAAGUGAAACUACUUCAAGGCCUGGCCAAAUCUCCCUGCAUUUUAGCAAAAAUAUGCCAGUGCCAAAGUCUCCCUAGAGUUCUUCGUCCAGCACUAAAACCCAUAAAGGAAUUUGAAAAGAGAACAUGCAAGACGCUGACAAUAAAUCAAAACUUGGGUUUAUGCUGUUCUGAAACAGUAGCUGGUGGCUUGAAAUGUUCAUUUCCUGGACACAUCACCUGGAACGUGUCAGCUGCAAACAUAAUAUCUCAGUUGAAGACCGUGUUCUGCAGAGGUGAAAAAAUGAAUGUUCUAUCCCUGAAAUCUUUUAGUACUUCCAGAAAAAUGAGCCACGAACUAAGUCUAUUGUAUACUAAGUGGCCUAUGAAAACAGUAAAGAGGCAAUAUUCUUCUAUACCAACUGGAAAAGUAGAAGUUCAGCAAACCAAGAGACCUCUAAAAGCACCUAGGACCAAACAGCCAUCCAGGGCUAACCUUCCACUUUCUUCUGUGAAUGAGGACCUGAUGCACUGCACAGCCUUUGCAACAGCAGAUGAAUAUCAUCUUGGUAAUCUGUCCCAUGAACUGGGAUCUCAUGGAUUCAUGGAAAUAACCAACUUGCCUAGAGAUGCGGCAAAUAUUUUAGUGAUUGGUGUAAAAAAUUCUGAAAAAGAACAUGAUCCUGGAACAAUCUUUUUCUUCAGGGAAGGAGCUGUUGUAUUUUGGAAUGUGGAGAAUAAAACUAUGAACCAUGUGAUGCAAAUUUUGGAAAAACAUGAAGUUCAGCCUUAUGAAAUGGCACUGGUUCACUGGGAGAAUGAAGAACUUAACUACAUGAAAACAGAGGGUCAGUCAAAGCUUCAUAGGGGGGAAAUCAGGUUAAAUUCAGAAUUGGAUCUAGAUGAAAUCAUAUUGGAGAAAUUUGCCUUUUCAAAUGCCCUUUGCCUUUCAGGAUUGUUGUUACCGUGUACAAUGUUCUGCUGGUUCUGCUCACUUCAGUUUGCAUCAGUUCAUUCAUUGAAGCUGGCUAUUUGGGAAGCAUCACUGGAUGAUUUUGUUGAGUCUAUUCAGUCAAUUCCAGAGGCUUUAAAAGCUGGAAAAAAGGUGAAACUUUCUCAUGAAGAAGUUAUGCAGAAAAUGGGAGAACUUUUUUCAUUAAGACACCGUAUAAAUUUAAGUUCAGACUUCCUGAUGACCCCUGAUUUCUACUGGGAUAGAGAAAACUUGGAGGCACUUUAUGAUAAAACUUGUCAGUUUCUUAGCAUUACUCGUAGAGUUAAGGUGAUGAAUGAGAAGCUUCAACACUGCAUGGAAUUAACAGACCUGAUGAGAAAUCACCUCAAUGAAAAGCGGGCACUCCGCCUAGAAUGGAUGAUUGUUGUACUUAUCACCAUUGAGGUAAUGUUUGAACUUGGCAGACUAUUGUUCUAAUUAUAUGAAAAAGAUGUGGAUAACUGGAAAAAUUGAUGGAUAUUUAAAAUAUACUAAAAAGUAUCAAUGACAGAUAUGUAAAUAAUAGGAAGCAAAUAUUCCUUUUUGUCUGAUCUUUUAUAGUGGUUCUAAUCUUUGUAUAUAUUUUUCCGGUCAAAUAAAUAUUAUGACUGUUGUA